GCAGCAGACAACGUGACGAGCAGACCUGCGAAAUGGGCCUGACAUGGGGUUACCUGCUGCUCCUGUUGGGAGCGGCUGCGAGCUGCGGCCAUGCGUACGACGUGGAGAAAACGACCCGCUUGGGGCGAGUCAGAGGAAACCAGCUCGAGAUGCUGGGGCGAAAGGUUGAAGAGUACCGGGGCAUCCCAUUCGCGCAGCCACCGGUGGGCCGACUUCGAUUUCUUCCGCCCAAGCCUGCGAAGCCUUGGGAUGGAAUUCUGGAUGCAACAAACAGGCGGACAGCUUGCUCGCAGGUCCGGUUUAGCAGUAUCAUGGCCAGUGAGAUCGAAUACACAGAAGACUGCCUGCACUUGAACAUCUGGAGUCCAGCUGUGUGCGACGAAGACCUUGUGCCAGUGGUAGUGUGGAUUUACGGAGGCGGCUUCACGACCGGCUGCGCGAGCUAUGGGAACUACACUGGGACUGCAAUUGCUGCCAAGACUGGCCUCGUCGUCGUCUCAAUGAAUUACCGGCUGGGACUUUUGGGUUUCCUUAACGCAAACAGCCCAGAAGCCCCUGGAAACAUGGGCCUUAUGGAUCAAAGCCUGGCUCUAAAGUGGGUACAGGAGAACAUCCGCGAGUUCGGUGGGGACCCAUCCAGAGUUACUUUACUUGGAGAGAGUGCAGGCGCAAUGAGUGUCCAUGCGCACAUGUUGUCUCCCAUGAGCCGCGGUCUCUUCCAGAGGGCGUACAUGAUGAGCGGAAACUUGCACACUUUGGAUUUUUUUGAUGCCACACAUGAGAGUAUCAGCAAAGGCGACACGGCUGCCGCAGUUGUAGGCUGUUCGGGUGGCGACCGUAGCUUGGCUUCCAACCCGGAAGCAGUAAUCGACUGCCUGAGGACCAAGAGCGCCGACGAAAUCCAGCUCGCGGCAAGCGAAGCCCUGGCGCCCAAGGUAUUUCCGUUCUUGCCAACAUACCACAACGAAUUUCUGCCGAAGGUACCCACCGUCGCAAUCAGCAAGGGAUUCUUUCAUGCAGUCGACAUCGUCCUAGGAGUCACUGAGGACGAAGGCGCGCUAGCGCUCAUGUAUCCCCUCAGAAGCGAGCUGCUUCUAGAUGAUGUGGAAGGCCUGGAAGAGAAAAGAUUUAGACACUACCUGCAGGAGAACAUAUUUUCGUGGCUCAAGAUAGACUCUGCGGGGAUGCUGGAAAUGUACACAGGUGAUGCUGAGGACAAAGCGUCCUUGAGGCGCGGCUAUGUUGACUACCUUUCCGACUCCACGUUCAUCUGCCCCAUGCACUUCACGGCAGAGAAGCAUGUGGAGCGUGGUCAGACCCUGUACUCCUACGUCUUUGGUCACAAGCCAUCUAAAAACCCGUUUCCUUCCUGGAUGGGGUCACCGCACGGUUCCGACAUCAGCUUUAUCUUCGGAGCUCCUCUUAUUGACCACGACCGCUUCGAUGCUGAAGAUGCUGUUGUGUCCGAAGUUGUCUUGACGGCGCUGAAGACCUUCGCUGAGACAGGGGUACCAGAACUGCCUACGAAGAAACCAUGGCCAACAUAUACUGUCGACAAUCCGGUAUCGCUAUACAUCAACUACGAAAAUAUAACCCAUAUCAAGGGGUUCCGCAAACAGAAAUGCGAUCGCUGGAGAUUUUACCUGUAGGGUUGCGAAGGCUUUGAAGAACGUCAACGAAGGGUGGCGUUAUUGCAUCAAUUCAAAUGCUUUGAUAUA